CAUUGGAAUUGGUGAUGUGUCAUAGGUUUGCGACUUUUAUCACAAACAAUGCGCCCGACGCCAUUUGCAAAUUUGAAGACAUUUAGGCUGGGAUCAGAAAUGGAGGUUUAUCAAGAAAAUUACAAGGACAACUACAACUACACAGGUGGAGACAUAUCCUUUCACCAGCAGUAUGACUACAGUGCUGCUUACAAAGAUGAUUUCUACGAUGAAGAGUAUGGUUAUGAGGAAGGGGAAUGCGGUUCAUCUUACGAUAACUAUGAAGAGCCAAAACAGGAGCCACCAGAGCAAAAUCCUAUUUUAAAAGAUCAUGACCGUGACCGAGACAGAGACAGAUCUCGUCGAAGGCACAGAGGAGAUAGACAUAGAGACAGAAGACACGAUAAUGAUAAGGAAAGGAGUAGAAACCGAGAUAGGGAUAGAGAUCGUGAUCGCAUGAGGGAUGGCGACCAUGACAGGAGGAGAGAUCGCGACCGACGUGAUCGGGACAGAGACAGGAGCUCACAUAGAAGUGGCAGCGAACAUGAAGACAGAUUGGACGAUAAUAAUGAUAAGGAUGGGCCUAUGGAUAGAAGAGAUGGGUAUGAUAAGCGAGAGUCCAGAGAAAGAGGAGACCGGGCAGACCGUGAAGAUCGAGGUGGCGAGAAGUGGAUGACAGACACGCCCACUAACACCAUCCUACUGAGGGGACUACCAAUUAUCAUAGAGGAGAAAGAUAUCCGAGCUGAGUUGAUGUUAUUUGGACUUCCAAUCAAAGAUGUGCGGCUCAUGAGGAAAAGUACAGGUGCAUCCCGCGGGUUUGCUUUUGUGGAGUUUCAGAGUAUAGGAGACGCACAACGAUGGAUGGACCAGAAUCAGGGCCAGCUGACUCUACAGAACCAGUACAACGCGACCAUGCAUUACAGCACACCCAAAGCAGGGCCUGAAAAGGGACCCAUUCACAAGACUGACUGGACAUGUAGCAAGUGCGGCGUCCAUAAUUUCAAGAGAAGGGACCACUGUUUCAAGUGCAAUCUUUCACGUGAAGAGUCGGACAGAAAACAAGAAGGAGACGGUUUUGACCAGGUUGGCACAAAUCCUUGCAAUACCCUGGUCUUGCGUGGACUGGAUGCUCUGACAACGGAGGAUAAUCUUAUCCAGGCCCUUGGCCAGGUCACAUCGUCGGUUAUAAAGAAUUGUCAGGUGCUCCGGGAUGAGCUGACGAACACAUCGAGGGGCUACGGCUUUCUGGAGCUGGAGUCCGUCAUGGAAUCGCAGCAACUCCUCGACACUCUCACACAACUACACCCCCCAUUCGAGGUCGAUGGAAAACAGAUCCUGGUCAGCUUUGCCAAGAAUACAUUUUCUACUGUAAUGGCAACAUUGAAGGCAACUUCUCCUGCAGAUCAGUCAAACUGGGACUAUAGUCAGCAAACGGCAGGUGCUCAGCAGCCAGGUAGCGCAGCGGGGGCAAACCCAGCCGGAUUCUAUGAUGGUCAGUACUUUCAAGGCACAGAGUAUGAUGCAGCUACAUAUGCCCAGUACUACGGAGAACAGGGCUAUGACUAUGCUCAGUACUAUGGUCAAGGCUACUCACAGGAGCAAGCUGCUUCUGCCACAGCCUCUGCAAGUACUAACCCUACACAGACGGACACCACCAAUGCGGCAGCAGCUGUAGCACAGGCUGCCAUCCAGCAACGUAACGCUGUCAAACAGUACCAAAAACAGGUACGUGAACAGCAAAAGCUAGCAGACAUGACACCAGAGGAGCGGCUAGCCUGUCAAGCUGAGGAGUGGUCAAAGAAGAAGCCAGGAAAACCUGGACAGCCCCAGCCAACAGCACCAGUAGCUCCGACACCUCCUGUUCCUCAAGUCCAGUCUGAGUAUACAGUUUACCCGGCCCCAGACGUGUCCACAUACUCUUAUGAGGAGUCCUCGGGCUACUACUAUGAUUCCGUCACUGGCCUCUACUAUGAUGCUAACUCUCAGUACUUCUACAACUCUCAGACUGCACAGUUCCUGUACUGGGACUCUGAGAAGUCCACCUACCUCCCAGCCCCUACAGGGGACGACAACUCAUCAAAGGAGGAGGGCUCUGAGAAGGGAGGCAAGAAGGACAAGGAGAAGAAAGAGAAGGUCAAGAUCGCAAAGAGGAUUGCUAAGGAUAUGGAAAAAUGGGCAAAGACAUUGAAUGCUCAAAAGGAGGCAAUAAAGGGCUUCAGUUUUAAGACUUCAAUAGGGAACUCUAGAUUUGAAAAGGAAUCUGCAACAGCAGAUGCUGGAUUUGCCAUUUUGGAGAAAAGUGCAAAGGGCAGUCUUGAAGACAAGAAGAUGAUGCCCCCACCACCAAACGACAAGGCAAAUGUUGGUCCUACUCCUGGUGCAAUACUAGUGGCCUCGUAUGGUGGAGACAGUGACUCGGACGAGGAAGACCCCUCGUCAGCUGGUGGGACUGGCCCAGUGGAUGAGAGCAAACUGACUGACUGGUCAAAGUUGGCUUGUCUCCUGUGUAAACGACAGUUCCAGACCAGAGAGAUUCUCAUGAAACACCAACAGAUGUCUGACUUGCACAAGCAAAAUCUAGAGGCUUUACAUAAAACAAGAAAUCAGAAUAAUGCUGCAUCAGAACAAGAAAAGCUACAGUACCGAGAUCGAGCUAAGGAGAGGCGUCAGAAGUACGGAAUACCACCCCCUCCCGAACCCAGGAUGAAACGGCCAGAUAUACCCAUAAUACCAGAACAACCAACCAAAGCUGGUAUUGGCCAGGACAACAUUGGCAACAAGCUUCUACAGAAGAUGGGCUGGUCAUCUGGCCAGGGUCUGGGCAAGAAAGGACAGGGCAUAGUCAACCCUAUAGAGGCUAAGCGACGCAUGCAAACCGCUGGGUUGGGCAUGAGAGGGUCUUCAUACGGAGCUAAUGCUUCAGAUACAUACAAGGAUGCAGUGAAAAAGACCAUGUUUGCUCGCUAUCAGGAAACAGAAUGAUGUUGUCGGACACAGAGUGACAAAGAUAGUUAUAAGAGACUUUCCAAACAAGGAUUCUCUUAACGCUGCCAUAUCUAACAUAGGAGUGUGUUGUAACAUGAACAACACAACAGCCCUAAAAUGUUGGAAAAGCUCAGGGACAGAGCUGCGAGGAUGUUCUCCACACGAGCUGUAGAUUUACUUAAAAACACCAACAACAAAUUGGUUAGCAUGAAUUUACAGUACACAUCCCUGGUUCUGGCGAGCACAGACCCUUGUGAUGUGCUGGGGAGCACAGACCAUUGUGAUAAGCUGGGGAGCACCAACCCUGGAUCGCUUCAGUGAACAGAUACCAGUUACAAUCGAGCCACAAUGAGCAGACUGCUGAACAGGGCCCAGCUUACAGGCAGAGACUUCAAACAGCCCAGAUGAUUGAACUGUGGGUCAAGACUUCUGGACAGUGGUCAGGAUUAAUGAAGGGGUUAUAUGUGCAUUGACAUUAAGGAAGACAGGUCACAAUUGCUCAAAGAUUUCAUCUACACAGGCUAAUCAUGAUAACGAUCAUUCUUUUGCGUUGCUUUACUAGAUUAUUUGAUUACAUGGCUGUAAUGUCAGACUGUAAUGUAUGGAAAUUGAUACUAGUAUACAGGUUUCUUUGAUAAUCUAUGCAUGUUACUAUAAUAAAAAACAAAACACGUCAAUCAUGAAUAAUUUAUAUUAUGUCCAGUUUGGCACAUUUAAAUAGGCUGCACAAAUGUAUACUUCUGUUUAGUGAAAGUUGCACAAAAUGGUGACUAAAAAAGGUCAGUGUCCUGCAGUGUACACGUGUGCCUAUAAGUUAGACACCAAGGGUGGAGGGAACGUGACAACAUCAGCUUCCUGCCCUGUGUGUCUUACGGGUUUUACCUCAAACACCCUUUCUGGUGGUUGUUUUCCUUGACAUGUGUGAAUAAUUUCCUAUGGUGUGAAGAUUUUGAUACCUGUGAUAUUUUUUGUUGUCUACAUUGUACCAAUGUUGUUAUGAUACUUGACCUGCUUGUUUUAAGCAUGGUUUUACCUACGAUGAUACGGGAUGUAGCAAUCUCAAUAGAAGUACUUUGUGUUUCUAAUAAAACUGCUGAAGAUCAUA